UAGGUGUAGUUUUACUGUUGUGCAUAUUAUUUACUAUCCUGACCAACACAAAACUCUUCCCAAGGAAAUGUCCAGAAUGAAUGAUGCUGGCGCAAAACGUUUAAAUUAUCCACAAGUUGUGCAAUAGAAGAAAAAUGGAGUUUCAAAAAUCUACGUGACUUACACGUAAAUGAGGCGAAUGUAUAUUAUUUCUAAAAAUACUUUAUUGAAAAUAUUUGUAAUUUGCCAAAGAAAAUUAUAUUGUACUUAUAAUAAUUUAAAAAUAUCUCUAGGAUCAAUAUGGUAUUUUUUGCACAUAUUCGCUUUUCUUUUAAAUGUCAGAGCUUAUGCUGAUUUUUAUAUUUUUGAUGUGUAUAUAUUGUAGCUUACCUCUACUGUUUGUUAUUUUUUAUCAUGUUCAGUAAAAACUCUUUUUACAUUUAUUUUUUCUGUAAAAAAUAUACGACC